CGCAUUUACUACCUGUCCCUGGAGUUCUACAUGGGCCGUACCCUGCAGAACACCAUGGUGAACCUGGGCCUGCAGAACGCUUGUGACGAAGCCAUUUACCAGGUGAAUUUGGACUUGGAGGAGCUGGAAGAAAUCGAAGAAGAUGCUGGGCUGGGAAACGGAGGCCUGGGCCGCCUGGCAGCUUGCUUCCUAGACUCCAUGGCCACACUGGGGCUGGCGGCAUAUGGUUACGGCAUCCGCUACGAGUUCGGUAUCUUCAAUCAGAAGAUCAUCGGUGGCUGGCAGGUGGAGGAGGCCGAUGACUGGCUACGCUAUGGCAAUCCCUGGGAGAAAGCUCGGCCAGAGUACAUGCUCCCCGUGCACUUCUACGGCCAUGUGGAUCACACCCCAGAGGGUGUGAAGUGGAUCAACACCCAGAUUGUCCUUGCUAUGCCUUAUGACACACCAGUGCCAGGAUACAAGAACAACACUGUGAACACCAUGAGGCUGUGGUCUGCAAAAGCGCCCAAUGACUUCAACCUCCAAGAAUUCAACGUAGGUGACUACAUUGAGGCGGUGUUGGACAGAAACCUGGCAGAAAAUAUAUCCAGAGUCCUGUACCCCAAUGACAACUUCUUUGAAGGCAAGGAGCUGCGGCUGAAACAGGAGUACUUUGUGGUGGCUGCUACCCUCCAAGACAUCAUCCGCCGCUUUAAGUCCUCCAAAUUUGGCUGUCGAGACCCUGUGAGAACAUGCUUUGAAACCUUCCCAGACAAGGUGGCUAUUCAGCUAAAUGACACCCACCCUGCCCUGUCCAUCCCAGAGCUCAUGCGGAUCUUGGUAGAUGUGGAGAAGGUGGAUUGGGACAAGGCCUGGGAGAUCACAAAACGGACCUGUGCCUACACCAACCACACUGUGCUGCCUGAAGCCCUGGAGCGCUGGCCAGUCUCCAUGUUUGAAAAGCUGCUGCCACGUCACCUGGAGAUCAUUUACGCCCUCAACCAAAUGCACCUGGACCGGGUGGCAGCUCUCUACCCAGGGGACAUUGACCGUCUCCGGAGAAUGUCGGUGAUCGAGGAGGGUGACUGCAAACGUAUUAACAUGGCGCACCUCUGCGUGAUUGGCUCCCAUGCGGUCAACGGCGUGGCCCGCAUCCACUCAGACAUUGUCAAGAACUCAGUGUUCAAGGAUUUCUAUGAGCUGGAGCCAGAGAAGUUUCAGAACAAGACAAAUGGGAUCACGCCGAGGCGCUGGCUCCUGCUGUGCAACCCAGGUCUGGCUGAUGUUAUUGCCGAGAAAAUCGGGGAAGGCUUUAUCACAGAUCUGAGCCAGCUGAAGAAGCUACUGGAUUUCAUCAAUAAUGAGACUUUUAUCAGGGAUGUGGCAAAAGUCAAACAGGAGAACAAGCUGAAGUUUGCAGCCUACUUGGAGGAGCAGUACAAGGUCAAGAUCAACCCUUCGUCCAUGUUCGAUGUUCAGGUCAAGCGAAUCCAUGAGUACAAGCGGCAGCUGCUGAAUUGCCUGCAUGCUAUCACUCUCUACAACCGCAUCAGAAGCAGUCCAUCCAAAUCCUUCGUGCCCAGGACUAUUAUGAUUGGAGGAAAGGCGGCCCCUGGCUACCACAUGGCUAAGAUGAUCAUCAAACUCAUCACAUCCAUCGGUGAGGUCAUCAACAACGAUCCCUAUGUGGGGGACAGGCUCAAGGUCAUCUUCCUGGAGAACUACCGGGUAUCCUUGGCUGAGAAGGUGAUCCCAGCAGCGGAUCUCUCCCAGCAGAUCUCCACAGCUGGCACGGAGGCCUCGGGUACUGGAAACAUGAAGUUCAUGGUGAACGGGGCCCUCACCAUUGGUACCAUGGAUGGGGCUAAUGUGGAGAUGGCUGAGGAGGCAGGCGAAGAAAACCUCUUCAUCUUUGGCAUGCGGGUGGAGGACGUGGAGGCCCUGGAUCGCCAAGGGUACAACGCGCGGGAGUACUAUGAACGCCUGCCAGAGCUGCGACAGGCUAUCGACCAGAUCAGCAGCGGAUUUUUCUCCCCUCGAGACCCUGAUUGCUUCAGGGACGUCGUGAACAUGCUGAUGUACCAUGACAGGUUUAAGGUGUUUGCCGACUAUGAGGCGUACAUUAAAUGCCAAAGCCAAGUGGACCAGCUCUUCAAGGACCCCCGGGAGUGGACUAAGAAGGUCAUCAGGAACAUUGCAUGCUCGGGCAAGUUCUCCAGUGACAGGACCAUCACAGAGUAUGCCCAGGAGAUCUGGGGUGUGGAGCCAUCUGCCACAAAAAUCCCCCCACCCAACCUCCCCCGAGAUUGAUGUGAGCACAGAAGGAAGGCAGGAGUGAUAGGUUCCCAACCCAGGAGGCCCCACCUGCAUUUCUGUUUCUGCAGAAACAAGGCCUUUCCCUCAGGGGAAUAGAAGGAUGCUCUGAGGAGAAGCCC